AUGACGGUCGACCUCUCCAACCACGAACAGAUGCCGCGCAUUGGCGAGACCAUCGCCGACAAAUACCAGCUCACCGAGAUGAUGGGCGCUGGCGGUAUGGGCGCGGUCUACAAAGCGCUGCAAACCAACCUCGGUCGUGAGAUCGCGGUCAAGCUGUUGUUGCCGGGCAUCGGCCACCGGAAGGGUGCACGCAAGCGUUUCGAACGCGAGGCCAAGGUCGCCGCUGCGCUCCAUCACCCGAACGCCGUUGAGAUCUACGACUUUGGUGAGGACGCCCAUGGGCGCCUCUUCCUCGCGAUGGAAUUGCUUCACGGCACCACGCUCCGCUCCUACGUGGACGAGCACCUGCCAGCCUUCCCGUGGACACGUGGCGUCCCCAUCAUGGCGCAGGUCGCCGAUGUCCUGGUCUCCGCGCAUAAGCUCAACCUGGUCCACCGAGACCUGAAACCAGAGAAUGUCUUCUUGGAACACACACGCCGCAUGACGCGAGAGGGCAUCGUGGUCGGCACGCCCGAUUAUAUCUCCCCUGAGCAGGCGUCCGGCGACGAAAACGUAGGCCCUCCGACCGAUGUCUACGCCCUCGGCUGCAUGCUCUACGAGAUCGCGACCUGCUACGUACCCUUCCGCGGGGAUGAGCUGCAGAUGUUGACACAGCACCUGUUCAAGUCUCCCGUCCCUCCGAGCGAGACCGCACCCGAAGGCAGGAAAGUGCCUCGUCAGUUGGAGGAGCUGAUCCUUCGAACGCUGGCCAAAAAACCGCAUGACCGACCGGACGCGUUCGAGGUCACCCAUAAGCUCAACGCGAUCUAUGAGUCGCUCGAUCGCAGAGAGCGCGCGCGUGACGAGGGCUACCUGCUCGGCCGCGAGGCCCGCAUGAUCCCUACGGUGCAACCCCGCGGAACACCGACAGCUCAAUCGCCCUUUGCGAUCGGAGCCGCGGCAGCCUCGGGGGGGCUCCUGGCUAGCACGUCGACCUCGCCACAAAUCGCCCUGGUCGGGACACAACAGGACGACGUCUUGCUCGCGCUCAGCGCCAACGGCUUGGUCGGGUAUAUCGUCUCCGCCGCGCAGACCGUGGAUGGCGCGGAUGUCAUCUUCGCCCCGGGCGCCGAUGAAGCUCAGCUUCGCGAGUUGAUCCGCUACGAGGUGCCGGUGCUCACGGACACCGACGCAGCCGACAUGAAGCGAAUCGCCGCGCUGCUCACGAUCGGUGUCGAUGAGGUGCUCCCUCGCCCUGUGCUCGCCAACGACCUCGCGCGUAGAAUUCAACGGGCGCUUCGGAAGCACAAACGGAGCAAAAAGAAGAAAAAGGGCUGA